GCAUUAGCAAUCGGUGAACAAUACAACCUCAUAUUUUUUUAAUUUCCCCACGUGAAAUUACAAGAUUCUUGUGAAAUAAUUAGCAAUACAGAAAUAGUCGAAAAUUAUGGCGGUCCGUGUACAAUUCGAGAAUAAUAACGAAGUGGGAGUGUUCAGUAAAUUGACAAAUUCAUAUUGCCUCGUCGCCAUCGGGGGAUCAGAAAAUUUUUACAGCGUGUUCGAGGCGGAGCUCGCGGACACAGUACCGGUGGUGCACGUCAGUAUAGCGGGCUGCAGGAUCAUCGGGCGCAUGACCGUCGCCAACAAGAACGGCCUGCUGGUUCCCUCGUCCACCACCGACACAGAGCUACAACACAUCCGCAACAGUUUGCCCGACAGCGUCAAAGUGCAGAGAGUGGAGGAGCGACUCAGUGCACUCGGGAACGUGAUCGCGUGCAACGACUACGUGGCGUUAGUGCACCCCGACCUCGACCGAGAUACGGAGGAAAUCCUGGCGGACACACUCAACGUCGAGGUGUUCAGACAAACGGUGGCGGGAAACGUUCUGGUGGGCUCGUACACCGCGCUCAGUAACCGCGGCGGGCUCGUGCACCCGAAAACCACUAUUCAGGAUCAAGACGAGCUGUCGUCACUUCUGCAGGUACCUCUCGUAGCGGGCACGGUCAACAGAGGCAGCGAUGUGGUUGCUGCGGGUCUAGUUGUCAACGAUUGGAGUGCUUUCUGUGGUAUGGACACUACCUCUACCGAAAUUUCAGUGAUCGAGAGUGUGUUUAAGCUCAAUGAUGCCAAACCGAGUGCUAUCACAUCCACAAUGCGUGCCUCCCUCAUCGACAGUAUGUCAUAACAUCUGCACCAUUUAUAAUCCAUUCAUACGGUUACAAAUGUGAUAUUUGUUUUAUGAAACAUAGACCUAUGUUGACAAAUAAGCUGGUUAAUUUUUAAGAAAUAAAAACACUAAAACUUUAA